AUGGAGAGAAUUGGUUUCCUCUUGUCAAUCACGUUUUUGCUCGUACUGCAGUACAGUUCUGUAGGCACAGUAGGGGUAGCAGAAACCAACAUCACCACGGACCAGUCUGCUCUUCUUGCUCUCAAAUCCCACAUCACUAGUUACCCUCACAACAUCUUGUUCAACUGGUCAACCACCACAUCCGUUUGCAAUUGGGUUGGCGUUACUUGUGGUGCUCGUCACCUCAGAGUAGCAUCAUUGAAUCUCUCGUACAUGGGUCUCACAGGCACCAUUCCACCACACUUGGGCAACCUCUCGUUUCUUGUUGAGUUGCUCUUCAUAAACAACAGUUUCCAUGGCACCUUGCCCAAGGAAUUGGCUUAUUUGCGUCGAUUGAAGUUGAUUAGCUUCAGAUACAACAAUUUUAUGGGAUCCAUUCCAUUGUGGUUUGGAUCCUUCCCCAAACUUCAAAGUAUCGAUUUGCGUGGCAAUCAGUUUUCAGGAAGUGUACCAAGAGAAAUAAGGAACUUAACAAUGCUCAAGGAGAUAAACCUGAGCUACAACAAGUUCAACGAAAUUCCAAACGAGAUCGGCUCUUUAGAUGAGUUGGAGAAGUUAUAUGUUCAGUCAAAUGCCCUAAAAGGGCAUGUUCCUCUGGGUGUUUUCAACAUGUCUUCUUUGACUAAUUUGAAUCUACAUGGAAACAACUUGAGUGGUAGUCUUCCUGACAAUAUAUGCCAGCAGCUUCCUAGUCUUCAGGAGCUGGAUCUGGGUCUCAACCAGUUUGAUGGUCCACUUCCAUCCAAAUUAUGGCAAUGCACACAACUUCUUUUUCUAACAUUGGAGGAAAACAAUUUCAGUGGAAGCAUACCCAGAAAAAUUGGAAACUUAACCCAGUUAAGGGAGAUUUAUCUUGGCGUCAACAAUUUGACAGGUGUCAUAGAUUGA